CUGACUGAUUUGUUAUUAGUGUAGGCACAUUUAUCCGAGAAUUGUAUUUCGGAGAUAUUUUAAAAUAUACUAGACUGUAAUUUACAUAUUCUCUAGGAUGUAGCCGAUGACUUGCUGUAAAAUUUUAAAACGCUAACUUCUUCCAAAUCUCUCACGGCGACGACGUUUAUCUUGUCUCAAUCAUCUUCGGUUCGGUAUCUAUUCACCUGGCUUUGUGCCCGCCUUUACGGAAGCCAAACAAAGCUAACUGCAAGUGACCUGCCAGUUGAAUGUAUUGUACAUAUAUGUUAUAACGAACGUGACUUUCUGGAAGACAAUUUGUCCCUGCUUAUUGGAAGCAGUGUUAAACGGUGAACCGGAAUGAGUACUUACUAUGAGCCCGUCAGUGACGAUGUCGAGAAACCGUUAUUUGGGGAACAGAGACCAAAGGAACGUGUUAUAAACCUUGUGGUUGGUGCUGUAACAGCGACAUUAGUUGGGAUUACAUUGGUCAGUGCUUUUGUAUUUCCUGGCUGGCCGCCCCAUGGAAUGAGUGUGUAUUUUGCUAUAUGUAUAGUACUUAUAUGCGCAUCUAAUUUGGUUAUGAUUUACUGGUAUCGCCAAGGAGAUGUGGAUCCUAAAUUUAGAACUUUAAUAUUUUACAAUGCAUUUACAAUAGUUCUUAUAUGUGUGUGUGCUAAUCUUUAUUUUCAUGGUGUCAAAUAACUGGAUAUAUGGAUCCUCAGAACAAACAUUAUUAUAUGUAUACAUAGUAUUGAAUUUGCCAGGAUGAGAGCAUUCAGCUGUAAUUAUUGGCAGUAGAGGAAUAUAUUUUAUUGAAACUGGUGGCUUUAUUAUCAACAAUAAUUAUGGGAAUUAGUAUUGUUUUUAUGAAUCACUCCUGUUUCUAUCGAAAAAUUAUUAAUAUUUAUCUGAUAGUUAUUCCACAAAUAAGGUCACAGUUUUUUUGGACAGAGUUAUUAGAAUCAUACUGUGAUACGAUGCAUAUUUACAGUGGAAUAAUUACGAGGAUGAGAAACAAUACUGAUCACAGGAAUUUCAAAUCAAGUUUCUUAACUUCUCAUCUUCACUGUGCUAUACAUAUGAGAAGUUAUAUAACAAACUAACAAUGGAAU